CAUUUCCAGGGCCAGACCUCGAGACCGGCCACGAGAAGGCCUUGCCUCGCUUCGAAGGCACCACUGUCAAUGAGCUCGAGAAGGCGUACCUGCAGCUGAGGGACACGCAGAUGCAGCAGGCGCUUCAGAUCACGAGGGACUUGGCCCCGGAGCUUUUUGACCCCGCGCAUCCCUCGCAGCACGGCUCCCUCGAGGUCAUCCACGCGCUGCGCCACGUGCCCCAACAGCGCAUGCAGCCGCUUUUUCGCUUCCUGCUGCGCGAGACCCCCUGGCUGGACGAAGCAAACAGCAUCCUCAUCCCCGACGGGCGCCCCUCGGUCAGCGAGUACGCCGUCAGGGAAGGGGAGGGCCGGGCCGGCCCUCGCAGACCGACGAAAAGCGAUCCUUGGAGCAUCCCGGGCGAGUCGUUUGUGCAGUUGUUGGAAAGGGCGUCGCGGGGUCGUCCUGGUGAGCGGUCGGUUGAGAGAGAGAGGUGGAGGUGGAGGGGCAGGCAUGUCUCGUCGUUGGUGCCGGGGUGGAAGUUGAGGCCGCGGGAGAGGCCGCGGCAGGGGCUCGUGACGGGGUUUGCGCCGGAGGAGGGGAGUGAUGCGGAUGGGGAUGGGGAUGAGGAUGAGGAUGAUGGGAAUGAUGGUAUGGGUAUGGGUUUGGGUAUGGCUACGGGUUCGGGGUCGGGUUUGGAUGCGGGUGCGGGUUCUGAGGGCCUGCCUGAGGGUCUAAGGAAAGAGUUUGCGCGCUAUCGCUUUUGAUUUGAUUUUCUGGCUGGCUGGCUGGGUGGGUGGUUGGUAGGUUGGUUGGUUGGUUGGGCGGGCGGGCAGGAGAUAGUCUUGAUUGAGUGAUGCAUG